CAUCAGCAUAGUAAACCAUCAUCUCCAUUCUGCACACCAUCUACUGAAAAGCAUCAGGCCAAAGUAGAACUCUCUGCUCUCUUCUCCAUCAUAUCCUUGUAUCUCACCAACAUGUCCCGAAUGUCCUCCGACUGA